UCGACAUUUUUUUCUUGAUACAUUAUUUGUCGUUACUGGUACCUGUUACAUGGUUAUUUCAAAGUGUAUACCUCGCCUGCGACUAAAGCAUACCAGUGGUCCUUCCAUUUAAUUUAAACGAAGGCAUUAUUUGAGUGUUUUAAUACAACGCUCAGAAUUUGAACCAUGUCGAGUGGCUUUCGGAAAAUUGCGUCCGGGUGAGUCUGACGAAUUUUCGACCAUUUGGAAACUCAAUCGAAUCCAAGAAAUAAGAUGAAUGAGAACACAAGCGGGUGGGAGAACAACACUUUGCAGUUUGCACCCCUCCCCCCACGCGCUAACAUGGCGCCCACACGAGUCCGCAUUGGGAGCAACAUGCAUCCACCAACUGGGUGCAGUCAACAAGAACAAAUGCAAGACUGCACUUCACUAAAACCCGGCGCGCCUCCAACCACUACGUUGUGUUUGCGUGGAAAAUUGUAAUCGACCCCCCACGCACACACACGUUGCGGCUCCCUCCACUCCGCACUACAUGCUGACCAAAACACAGACGCGCGGGCAUGUGUUAGCCAAAAACGUCGUUGUUAUUUGAAGCACAAAUAUACCAAUUUGGUGCAGCUUACAUGGGCUGUUAUGUGGGGAGGUUAGGUUUUACAAGAAAAGCGAUGGUUCAAAAGACGUACAAAAUUAGCUAAUUUGCUAGCUAGACACCCGCCCCCCACCACCACCAUCAUAUAGUUCGAAUUACAGCAGCUAACUUGAUGGGAAGCACGCAACAAUUACAAUAAAGAUUGUCGGUCAGUGUUGCGUUGAGUGGCGUGGGGGGUGUACACAAGAGUUGUUUAAAUAGGUGUUUAGUCAAACGGUGAAGUCAUAAAACGCUGUUUUCGCGUUUGUCGAUUAGCAUUAGCCGCUAGCUGGCUAACAACGUAGCUCGCGCGCGGCCUGCUUCAACCCCCCAUGUGCUGCCGCUUUGUUCCGGAGCCACUUUUUAAGUAUCCGGCAGAUAAACUCGCUUCAAUUUUAAGCGUUACCCGCCCAACGCGUUGCUUACUACGGCUUUAAGCGAGCCGCGGGAUUCGGUAGGCUACGGGAGGGGGGGGAGAAAGACGCAGGAAACAGGCGAGGACGUCGCUAGCGAGCAGAGAAACGAAAGCAAAAAAAGCAACACAUGCUUUUCAAAUCUCCCUCACCCAUGGAGGAGAGGAGACUGCAUGGUAAGCUCACCUUCCCCAAACUCAACUUCAUGGCUUCACGUCAAUAUCACGUUUACAUUUUUGUGUCGGGGAGGUAAAGAUUUAUGGCUGCCUGUGUGCUGUGUCGUUUGAGGCCGAGGCUACGCUACCUUUCAGGUUUGAGAAAGGGUUUUUCUCACCGUGUUAUUAGCAAACUUGACAUUGAGCCGGAUGAGCACGACAAUAGAACGGCCGCAUUGCAACAUUUGGAUGCCCCUCAACUUGAAGACUACAGGGUCCAUUACAGCCCAUCCUCAUAUCACCACCCCGUGGGAAAAUCUGCCCUCUCCCAAAGCCCAAGCGAUAUUGAUGACGAAGGGCGGUGUCUCCCCACCCAUGCUCCUUUGUUCUGGCAGCAGAGCAAUCGCUACAGCGUCAGCUCCUCGCGGCGUCUUUCCAGUUCCAAAAACACUUUGCUCGACUUGGCCUUCAACAGAGACUCCGAACGCAACACAGUGGUGCCGCUGCACCAACAAAUACCCGUGUCACCUGAUGUUAAAGUUGAUACUCGUGCCUUUCUCAAAUGCCGGCCUGAAUAUUCAUCGGUAACACUUGAUAUUUCCCAACGACCUGCCCCCAUCGAAUGGGAACGGGUAGUGCGAUUACUCCAGAAAGUGGCUGUCCUUAAAGGCAGCAUGAAACCAUCUGAUGUUUGUCAUUUGUUUGUGGAGCUCAGCCACACUAACUCUGACAAGAUACCAUUAGUGAAGACCGACCAACGCUUCGUCAUGCUGCUUCGGUACUCCGUGGAGAACCUUUGCCUCUUUUCUCUACCUGAGCUCCUGCACGUGCUGAGGUCAUUUGUGUGGCUGGAACUGCCACAUAGCCACACAGUCCUCGGGAUGUACGAGGUCGAGCUGAGUCGCCGCGCUGACAAGAUGACUUUAGACCAGUUGCUGUUGGCAGCCGAUUUGUGGCGCUGCAUUGGCAGGAAGGUGCCUCAAUUCCUAAAACAACUUUAUGACUCUGUCUAUUUGUAUAUGGGACAAAUAGGGCUUCCGGAGCUGGUCCAACUGUUUUACAUCAUGGGAGAAGGGAGACAGUGCCCCAAAGUCCUGAUUCAGCCUAUAGAGCAGCUACUCAUGCGACACUUACAACAACUACAGCCGGAGGAGGUUGGCGCUGUCUGCUUGGGCCUCUUCAAAUCCCAAACGUCCCUUUCUGGGGCAGCAGUGAAUCGCCUUGUCGAUAAGGCACACUCUCUUGUUGGGGAUAUGAGUGACUUUGCCAUGGUCAAUGUGCUGAAAUACCUGCGUUUCAGCUACCUGUCUCAUAGGGCGUGGAUGGAGGCUAUGACGCAUGAGGUACCACGGCGAGCUCAAGGGAUGGGCGUUAAGGGGCUGAUGCAUGUGGCGCUGGCUUGCUCGGCAUUGCAUUACCGGAGUGACCGCAUCCUCGUCGCAAUCACUGAGAGAAUUCCAUCACUGGUGCCACACUGCCGGAGUAAAGACUCAUGUAAGCUCUUGUGGGCCUUUGGCACCUUAGGGUUCCUCCCCGCUCGGAGCCCGAGCUUUUACCAGAGUCUCACAGAGGCUCUUCGACAAAGGAAGGCGGAAUUCCUCCGCUACCCAGAGCAUCUGCUCACUGGUCUUCUCGGCCUGGCCUUUGUCUCGCAGUUCCCAGAGGACCUGAUCGAGUUAGCCUUGAGCCCGGACUUUGUCAACUUAGCACUUAAGUCAACGCAGUUAGAGCUGAAAAAAGACUUGUUCACUUUGGAUGGAGCCGUGGCUUUGGAGUUGCCUCAGUGGACUGGUCCUCGGCUGAGCUGCGAACUGAGAGAAGAGGUGAAACAAAUGUUGUGGAAGUAUGCCCAAUCGGACAUGUGCCAGAAGCUCGAGGUCAAGGAGGCAGAGGCUGCACUUCAAGAAUUGCUGGGAGGAGAGAAGUUUGUCUGUAAAAGAAUGAUCCUGCCCCACAUGCGAACUAUCGACCUUGAAGUGCACCUCGACGCUACUGGUCAGCCUGUUCCUGUCAUCCCAGAACCUCCAACAGCAGUUCAGAAUAGUUCUCCCAAAUGUGCUUCAAAGCAGGAUUUGAGGGGAAUGAACAUAGGAGUGAGUGUGACUGAUGAUCUCAUAUCAAAGCUUACAAAUGCCAAGAACCUCCCAGGUCCAACAAUCGCACCUCCUGAAGUUCAAACGCUUUCUUUUGUGAAUCCCGAUGAAGGAGAAACGAUGUUUAAGACCGGGCUAAAGCUGACAAGUACCAUCACAGAAAUGAUCACCACUCCUAGCAGCCACAGAGCACCUGCAGACUCCGACACUAUCAUUAAACUUGCCAUCCAGGUGUCCAGCAGGAACCACUACUGCCACCAGUCACAGCAUCUACUGGGCCUUCACGCCAUGAAGAGGAGGCAACUGAGGUUGGCGGGUUACAAGGUUGUAGAGCUUUGCUAUCACGACUGGAUUUCCAUGUUGAGAAAAAGCAGGAUCGAAAAGAUGGCCUACCUUCAUUGCAAGCUGUACAACAGCCUGGAAGCUUGACCUCACACAGCUGCUGGACUUGAAAAGAAUAGGAUGCUUUACAAAUUUGUCAAGCGUGUCGAUUAACGAGUAUGUGCUGAGCACAGCAAAAAGCGAUGUGACUUUUGUGUACGCCACCCUUACACUGUAUGUCAAAAUAAAAUGUGACAUGUCCCAAAGAUUGUUAAACAAACAAAAAAA